UAUGAGGGUUGCGUACCACGUUCCAAGACUCCUAUUUGGGGCCCGAUGCCAGCUAGUGACAGACACCAAAGCCUCCUGUCGUCGAGAAUUGAGUCCAGGCCUUUCUCUUUGGAUCCCGGGAAAGGACGGUCUGUUUCACCCGAACGUGUCGGUUGCUCAGCACCUUCCGAGUCUCCUAUUUGGCCCAUGAUGCCAGCUAGUGACAGAGGCCGAAUGCAAAGCCCGCUGUCGUCGAGAAGUGAGUCCAGUUCUUUCUGGUUGCAUCCCAGGAAAGGACUGUCUGUUUCACCAGAACUUCACUAUUGCACAGCAACUUGUGAGCCUCUUAUUUUGCGCCCGAUGCCAGCUAGUGACAGAGGCCGAAUGCAAAGCCCGCUGUCGUCGAGAAGUGAGUCCAGUUCUUUCCCGUUGGAUCCCGGGAAAGGACGGUCUGUUUCACCCGAACGUGUCGGUUGCUCAGCACCUUCCGAGUCUCCUAUUUGGCCCAUGAUGCCAGCUAGUGACAGAGGCCGAAUGCAAAGCCCGCUGUCGUCGAGAAGUGAGUCCAGUUCUUUCUGGUUGCAUCCCAGGAAAGGACUGUCUGUUUCACCAGAACUUCACUAUUGCACAGCAACUUGUGAGCCUCUUAUUUUGCGCCCGAUGCCAGCUAGUGACAGAGGCCGAAUGCAAAGCCCGCUGUCGUCGAGAAGUGAGUCCAGUUCUUUCCCGUUGGAUCCCGGGAAAGGACGGUCUGUUUCACCCGAACGUGUCGGUUGCUCAGCACCUUCCGAGUCUCCUAUUUGGCCCAUGAUGCCAGCUAGUGACAGAGGCCGAAUGCAAAGCCCGCUGUCGUCGAGAAGUGAGUCCAGUUCUUUCUGGUUGCAUCCCAGGAAAGGACUGUCUGUUUCACCAGAACUUCACUAUUGCACAGCAACUUGUGAGCCUCUUAUUUUGCGCCCGAUGCCAGCUAGUGACAGAGGCCGAAUGCAAAGCCCGCUGUCGUCGAGAAGUGAGUCCAGUUCUUUCCCGUUGGAUCCCGGGAAAGGACGGUCUGUUUCACCCGAACGUGUCGGUUGCUCAGCACCUUCCGAGUCUCCUAUUUGGCCCAUGAUGCCAGCUAGUGACAGAGGCCGAAUGCAAAGCCCGCUGUCGUCGAGAAGUGAGUCCAGUUCUUUCUGGUUGCAUCCCAGGAAAGGACGGUCUGUUUCACCCGAACGUGUCGGUUGCUCAGCACCUUCCGAGUCUCCUAUUUGGCCCCCGAUGCCAGCUAGUGACAGAGGCCGAAUGCAAAGCCCGCUGUCGUCAAGAAGUGAGUCCAGUUCUUUCCCGUUGGAUCCCGGGAAAGGUGAGAUUGGCUCUAUCAAUUACAGCCUUCUAGAGACUGGUUACAAUUGA